GUACGCGCCCACUGGGAUGGCCUGAGACGAUGACUCCGGGUCUCCGGCUCCGCUCCAAUUCAAACUCGGUCAGUACCCACUGCUAGAGAAGAACCACUUUCUUCCUCCUCGCGUCGGCUAUAAAUAACCGCCAUCAUACGCCCGGUUCCUCUGUUCUCCACUCCACUACCCACCCAUCUUUCCUUUUCGCUCACUCUCUCGCCGCUAAAAAGGGAUUGGUGCUUGCUUCCGCGCGUGACCUCGCCGUUGGUGUCGAAUGGCUGCGGCUUCCGCUUCCUCGCCGCCCCCGACGCCCAAGUCGCCAAAGCUGCAGCCGCCGUCCGUGGAGCGCACGAGGGGCCCCUCGGGCCUCGAGAAGAUCGUGCUUCGCGAGGCGCGCGGGUUCUCUGCGGAGGUCUAUCUAUAUGGCGGGCAAGUUACAUCUUGGAAGAAUGACCAUGGGGAUGAGUUACUUUUUGUAAGCAGCAAGGCCAUUUCCAAAUCUAUCGGAGCAAUUUCUGGUGGCAUACCCAUUUGCUUUCCCCAAUUUGGAACGCAUGGAAAUUUAGAGAAACAUGGAUUUGCAAGGAACCGGUUAUGGCUGAUUGAUGACAAUCCUCCACCUCUUCCAGUAAACACUUCUAUUAAAACUUUUGCUGAUCUCAUCCUGAAGCUUUCUGAAGAAGAUCUCAAGAUCUGGCCUCACAGAUUUGAAUUUCGGUUAAGAGUUGCUCUUGGACCUAAAGGAGAUUUAAUUCUCACUUCUCGAAUUAGAAACACCAACACUGAUGGAAGACCUUUCUCAUUUACAUUUGCGUAUCACACAUACUUCUCCGUAUCUGACAUAAGUGAAGUACGCAUUGAAGGGCUGGAAACAUUGGACUACUUUGACAACCUGAAGGGAAAAGAGAGAUUCACAGAGCAGGGGGAUGCUAUCGUGUUUGAAUCAGAGGUUGACAAAAUAUAUCUGGAUGCACCACCAAAAAUUGCAAUUAUUGAUCACGAGAAGAAAAGAACAUUUGUACUUAGAAAAGAUGGGCUUCCAGAUGCUGUUGUAUGGAAUCCAUGGGACAAGAAGUCAAAAACCAUGCAAGAUCUUUGUGAUGAAGACUAUAAGCACAUGCUGUGUGUGGAGCCUGCAGCUAUUGAGAAGCCCAUUACCUUGAAACCUGGUGAGGAAUGGAAAGGAAGGAUGGAGCUCUCAGCUGUUCCUUCCAGUUACUAUAGCGGUCAGUUAGAUCCAGAUAAGGUUCUUCAAGGUUGAAAAAUCUCACUUGGUACAUAAUCUAAGGAACACCUCAUAUUGCCUGGUGAUUUGGCUGGCCGGUUUCAACUUGCCGGUCUUCCUUUCCUCACCAUCUCCACCUCUGUAUGUUUAUUUCGUUAUAUGUAGAAGGCGGCGAGCACCGAAAUAACAAAAUCGGCCCAGUGGCUCUCUCCUGGAACCUGUCCCCAGUGAACUCAGUUAGACAAUAAUAGCUAGUUUAGUGUUGCUUCCUGGCCAUGUGGAUAUUGUAUGAUGAUUCAACAUCAGGCUAGGAAACCUACCAACUAUUAGCAGACUGUUACCUGUACUUUUUCUAUUAAGAUAUGUAUAGGUACUACCUUAGGAACUUCCUGGUUGGUUGGAGAUAAGUUAAGGAACAUAAUUUCUGCAUUUGGUUUUGCACA